AUGCUGUACCAUGGACUACCGAUGUCAAGUACUGACACGAAUAUCAUGGUGCACACUUGCAGUCAGGAGCUCUGCGUUCGACCUCAGCACAUCCGCUUUCGCGCCAGCUCCGUCGCCCUCGUCAUUGUCCUCAAGGCCCUCGCCCAAGCCGGCUACAGUAUCAUCCCACCACCACCCCGUUCUCUUCGAUCUGGUUUGUCCACUCAACGUGAGUGCCGUCCUGUUACUUGUGUCAUCCCAGCCCUAGGAUCGUGA